AACCCGGCAAUGGAAGCGUGGUCAGUGGAUGAGGUCUGCAAGUGGUUGGUGGAGAAAAACUUAGGUGAGCUAGUCCCCAGAUUUCAAGAGGAAGAAGUCAGUGGAGCUGCACUCCUGGCUCUUAAUGACCGGAUGAUCCAGCAACUAGUCAAGAAAAUUGGACACCAGGCUGUUCUGCUGGACUUCAUUAAAAAAUACAAGCAGAGCAAUCAAUGGCUGAAACCCACUGGAGGUCCCAGAGAGACAUCCCUGUUGACCCUGGCACAAGCUACCCCUGAGCAUGAAGAGAACUCCAGUCCCACCAGCUAUGAGGACCAGACAUCUUUGUAUCCAGUGGAAAACCUUGAUAAUGGGCUCAUUGACCAAAGAGUACUGAAGCAGAGAAAAAAUUCGAAGCCUGUUCUAGCAAGGCAUAAAGCGUUACAAUGGACCAAAUCCUAUAUCUUACCAGAGUUUCCCUAUGAUGUCAAGUGCAUGCUGGCGGAGCAGAAGUGCCCUGAUCACAGCAUGAGGAUAAGGAUCAUCGAGUUUCUCCAGGCAGAUAUGACUAAGUACCUGGAAGGCUCACUGUACCCCACCACCCAGCAGUACAACGAUGUGGUCAACGCUCUGCUGCAGGCCCAUCCUUUCUUGGAUGAGGACGGCUGUGGCUUUUUUUUAUGGAAACGAGCCCUCAAAGAUCGCUUUAAAUAUGUUCGAAGACCCAUAGAAGAUGACGAGCAAGUCAUGAGAAAUAAGUGCAAAUUUGGACACCGAAGAGGCCAGAGAAGGAAGUCUCUCGUUGACACAAGAUCUGACGAAAUUAAAGUUGUGCAGAUAAAAGAAGAAUCCGUUUAUUUAGAUUCGGAGGUGGAUGAGCAUAUUCACUGGUUCCAGCGAGAAUUUAUGAAAACAGACAAGGACUGGAGAGAAAUUGACAAGAGGAUGAGCCAGACUCUGGAAAUCAGAAGAAAGAUGAUUGACCGCCGAGCACCCCUCAAGGACAUUCUCACGAUGUUUCCUUUCCUGAAGUGCCCUUACCAGAUGUUCCGAGAAGUCCAACUUCUUACAAGAACAGAUAUCUAUAAGAAAACAAGGCAUAUUCUGGAAUCCUACUCAGAGAAUAUACUGACUGCAUUUUCUGUGGUGGACAAUCCAAUCAACACUGCACUGCAAGAGAAGAUGAAACAGUAUACAGAUGAAGGAGUGCUGAAGUAUAUGAAGAUGACGGCCACAUGUCUACUCCUCCCAGACGUUUUUGGGGAUGAUCCCAGCCUUUUUGUUGUUGUGAAUGAGAAGGUGCAUGCAUCAACUCCGGUGCUGGAGGUUAAAAACCCUUUCCACAUCAAUGGCUGUGAGUUCUCUCUGUAUCUGGACAAAGAGAAGCUUGCCAAGGUGGACGACUGUGUCACAGCCCUGGCUGCUUUGGUGGCCGCUUUUCGUGUGUUUGGGAUUGAGUGUCCAAGAAGACUGUCCCAAACCUUUAACUUCCUGGAGACCUUGAUCUUUGAUGCACAGAGUCCCUGUAUUCCAUCUUUGAAAGAAAAGGAAAUCAGAUCUCAGCUUCCCAUCACUUAAGAGUAUCCGAAUUAGCCUCCGGGGCAACCGAAGCUUCAUAAACAAUUGCAGAAUCAUUUAGGGUUGCCUCAGAGGUAGGGAUUGAAAAAACCACGUUGUUUUUUGUGUCAAUGAA